AUGAAAGUGCUCUUAGUGGGCUUCAAAAUACUCUCAAGACCACUAAAUAACAUUCUCAAGAGAGUUUUUACACACAGAUUCUAAUUCAUGCAUAGGUUCAUUGGCUUCUGUGGGCAGAAAGCCCAUGUAUUUGAAAUUACUCUCAAUAGGAAAAUUGUCAAUAAUAAUCAAAAGAUAGACUUUUAUAUAAAACCACUUAGUGAUGAAGCUGCCUUCAACAAAGGUGUAGAAUACUUUGUUGAAGUAUUUUUCUUUUAUGGAGUCUUAGUUACAAUUGCCAUUUGGGAAAUUAAAAAGUCUCAAGAUUCCUCAGAUAAGUAAAAAGUGUAAUUGAAAGAAUUAAGGAAUUUUUGCGAUUAAAACACCGACAUAGUGACGAAACUAAAGGCAGAAUUAAUUGAUCCCAUUCCAAACAUCAGAGCAGCUGGUAGAAUCAUAGCUAUGGGGGAUGAUGGCACACAUGCAGCUCUUAACCAUAACGGUACAGGACCAGGAACCCCUGAGCAUAUUAAGAAAUAUAGAAAGAGUUUCCAAAAUUAACCAGGAAUUAAAUAACUGCAUCCAGGAGUAGUAGAUGAUGGAGUUCCAGUUUAAGAUGGUCACAAAUUUGGAAGAUAGACUGCUCCCUCAGAGAAAGUUGGUGAUGUGAUUAAAGCUCAAAAUCUAAGAGGACUUGCAGACAAGUUUAAUGAUAUUAAGGAGAGUAAAUAUGCGUCUCAACUCAAGGAGCCAUUAGCUACUGGAUUCUAAAGAGGAUAUAAUUGGCCUGAAAAGAUGGGUUAAACUAACUAAUUUUAAUUCGGUGUUCCUACUAUUGGUAGUGAAAAUGCAAAGCAAGUUCUUUACCCAGUUCCUGGAGAUGAAGAUGAAAAGACAAGAUAAAUGUAUGCAAAAACUCAUGGCAACUUUGCCCCAGGAGAAUAAAAGACUAGAGAUUAUAAUUGGUAACUCGACAAAACAAAGCACAGAUUUGGCUAUGGUGAGUAACGGCUACUGAAUGGUGCUGCCAUGUCUAUCCAUAAUGAGAGAUUCGACCAAGGAUUCCCAAAAACAGUGAUAGUAAAGAAGACUGUCGAGGAUCAAAAGGCAGUAACUCAAGAUCAAUUAGGCAAGGCUAAAAAUCUAGGUCAAGGUGUCUCAAAUGAAAAACUAGACUAAGUGUUCGGAGUUCGCAAUCUCUAAUCAAAUGAUUAAUGGAACGCAGCAAGAUGCAUUCACGGUGAUCCAACUGAGAAAGAACUCCAACCAGAUAGUGAUCUAGGAAAAUCAAACAAGGCAGGAUGCAGAAAUGUUGUGAGAAAACCUGAGGAUGAAACUAGGUCAUUUGGUGCUCCAACUAUCAGAACUGACAUUCCUUUCAAAGAAAAGAGAUCUAUUGCAGAUUAUAAUAACUAUGGAGAUGAACCAGAAGCUGUUGAUUUGCUAUUCCCUUCAACAUUCACUGAAAUGGGUAUCACUGAGUAUGAUUUCUAAUUACCUAGACCAAGGGAAGAAGUAAAGAUGCUGUUUGAGAGAAUCGGAUACACUUAUAAAAUCGGAAAGUUCAAUGCCAUGUACAACAGAGCUAAGGACCAUAUGGGAAGUACUUAGAAUGCAGGAGAGAACGUUAGCGUCAGAGCAUUUAUACAAGCAGUCAAUGAGAUGCACAAUAUUGAGUGA